AUGCAACUACAAAUUCGGAAUCUCCCAGCUCUUGACUUAUGCCACGCGACUGCCGAAGGCUGGGUUAACCGUGUGGAGUCUCUGCUGGUUUCAGGCGUCGAUCCAAAUGCACGUUUUGAUGACUCGGAGUCCGCCCUUUCUGGUCUGGCAGACGAUAAAGCCCAUAUUGUGAAAGCUACGCGGCCUCCGCAGUUCGAUUUUGAGGCCACUGAAAUGCCCGCCCUACGUCGGGCUGCUCGGGACAGUGGGGUUCAGAUCCCUGAGAUGUGCGAUUUACUCAAAACGGAGCGUCUUAUGACGAUUUUACUUAAAUAUGGUGCCGAUCCAUAUGCAUUAUUCCGUCAGCCCAUUUACAGCUACAAUCUUGUCCCUAUUUACCCAGGAGACACUGGGGAUCCAGAAUAUGAUGAUGAUGAGUCAGACCUUAACUGUAUGAGAUUUGCUCGUUGGGGUAUCAUCGAGAAGACGCUUCGGCUGGAGUAUGAGCGACUCGGGCUAUUAGGGGAAAAAAAAGAACCUGGUUCGCGGGUUUACGGAUUUGGUGACAACUAUGAGGAAUGUAUCGACUAUAAGCCUCGUUUUCCGCAUAAAUAUGGGGCAUGCAGCGUUAUACACUCUCUGCUUGAGGACGGUGCGUUCAUCCAGCCAAUUCUCAACUUUCUCGGAACCAGUCUAGAUGUGGAGCGACGGGAUCCCCAGGGCCGCACAUUGUUUCUCGCCGCCUGUCGGAGUAAGCUUGGCUUGGAUGGUGCAGUAGAUGGGGCCUUCGUGUGCCUUUGGGGAGGGCAGGCGAUGCCGAACCCUUACCCGCAGCCAAGAAAUCCUUGGCAAGAAGAGUCUCAACGCUUUACCUCUACAUGCACCGGCCCCAGCCUACUCGAAUUCUUCGUAUCCCGCGGGGUAAACCUCCUCGCCGUGGACAAGUACGGCCAAAACGCUCUUCAUCACCUGCUAGCGUUUAUUGAUCGCGAUAACGACAUACCCCCACUCAUCAAUACAUCGCUGAAAUACUUAGCCCAGAACUGUCCUAGUGUACUAAAUCAGCCCGAUGGAGCCGGAUUCUAUCCUUUACACUAUGCGAUUCGACGAAUGUGUGACUACCCAUACCAGGCUAGCUCAGCCUUUAAAGCUAUCUUUCACUUCGAAACAGCUAUCUAUGACCUUCUAGACGCUAAUGCGGAUCCUCUCGUACGUGAUGGCCAUGGGAACACCGUUCUGCAUUACCUUGCGGCAGGCAGGCUAGGCGAAGGUGAUCGAGUGGGUGAUAAGCAGCGGUGUUUACUUUCAGUGUUCCUCGAGCGCGGAGUUGACCCAAAAGCUCGCAAUACAGCAGGUGUGACUGCAUUGGAAUUGUUGUUCAUGAUAAAGGAUGAACCGAUGUUUGAGAGCGAACAUCGUAAGUACGAUCGUUUUUACGCUAUUGGUCAAGAAGUAGUCAGCCGAUUUGAGCAAGGAGGCUAUAUCUUGACAGAAACAAACGCCGCUAACCAGUCACUUUUACACCUGGUGGCUAAACUUGACUCGGCCGUGCGCCUAUAUGGUUCAAUCUCCUUAAAGACAAGGGGCUCGAUAUUGAGGCGAAAGAUAAGGUUGGAGAGACGCCUCUAG